UAUCCAUUCUAUAUAUAAUAGAUUACAUCUGCUAACCCUAACUUCCUACUCUAUCCCUCUCCCAACUCCCCCUCCCCCUUGGCAACCACAAGUCUCUCAAGGUUUUUAAUGCAGACAAAAUUGCCCUAUUAUGGAAAAAAAUGAGAGGACAUUUAUUAGGGAGAGAAAUGAGCACCAGGAUUUAAGGCAGGAAGGGAUAGGCUAAGUCUUCUGUUUUGUGCAAAUGCAGUGGGGUUUAGGGUUAGGACUGCCCUUAGUAUAUAAAGCUGCUAACCCCCAAGCCUUGAAGGGGAAGGAUAAACACCAGCCACCAGUCUUUUUUUUUUUUUUUUAAUUUAUUUAUUUUAUAUAUAUUUUGACUGUGUUGGGUCUUCUUUGCUGCGUGUGGGCUUUCUCUAGUUACAGUGAGUGGGGGCUACUCUUCGUGGCUUUGCGUGGGCUCUAGAUCGCAGGCUCAGUAGUUGUGGCACAUGGGCUUAGUUGCUCUGCGGCAUGUGGGAUCUUCCCGGACCAGGGAUCAAACCCAUGUCCCCUGUAUUGGCAGGCGGAUUCUUAACCACUGUGCCACCAGGGAAGUCCCCAGCUGCCAGUCUUUUGUUUGUACAACAAGAAGGCCUGGACAAUGAGAACCCUUUUUCUGCAUUGAUUCCAUUGAUACUUUGUCUCUGAAGUCAGGAAAUACAUUGCCAGUAGGGGACUGCCUUUUAAAGUAGUUUUGAUUUGGACAAUACCCCUGGCCACCCAGAACCCUGUGAGUUCUACGUUAAUGAUGUUGAAGUGGUCUGCUUUCCCUCGGACAGAACUGUCUCUAAUUCAGCCUCUAGAUUAGGGAGUCUUUAAAGCUCAUUACACAUGGUAGUCUAUGGAAAGAUUGGAAAGAUUGUCAGUGCUGUGGAAGGGGAACACUGAUAGAACAUCAUAAAAGUCUGGAAGAAUUACAUGAUUGAAGUUGGCUGUUGUUAUAGGAAAAGCUGUGAAGACCGUCAAGCCCCAAAGAGUAAAUUCCUGCUGGAGAAAACUGUGUCCAGAUGUUGUGCAUGACUUACAGGAUUUACAACAGAGCCAAUCAAGGAAAUCAUGAGAUUCUGGAUAUGGCAAAAAGAAAAAGAAAAAAGGUGGAGGGUGAAGGGUUUCAAGAUAGGGAUCUUGGAGAAAUUCAAGAGCUAAUAAACACAUCAGAGGAAUUAAGAUGACUUGAUGGAGAUGAGUGCUUUCGAACCAGCGCUAGAUGAUGAGGAAUAAGAUGCAGAAGAAGCAGUGUCAGAAACAAAUUGACAGUCUGGCAGAAGGGUUCUGAUUAUUCAAGACUGUUUUUGACUCCUUUCACCGCAUGGACCUUCUGUGAUACAGGCACUAACACUAAAGCAAAGCGUUGGAAGGAUUGGUACCACAUAGAAACAUUUUGGGAGAAAUAAAAAAAGCAAAAAAGUCAGAAAAAUUAGGAUGUAUUUCCAUCAAGUUACAUGAGUGUGCCUGGCUCUCCUGCCUUACCCUUCAUCUUCACUUCUUCCACCCCUUAGACAGCAAGGCCAGCCCCUCCUCUUUCUCCUCUCAGCCUACUCAGUGUAAAUGACGACUAGUAGGAUGAAGACGUUUGUGAUGAUCCACUUCCACUUAAUGAAUAGUAAAUAAUCAUCAUACUAUACAGUUAAUGAACUUAUCUGUUGAGUGUGAGUGUCUUGUGAAAAUCUAGUAACUUUAUGGCAAGAACCCUGAGACGUUAUUGUGUCAUCAUCUUUAUCGCCUACAGGUUCAUUGUGUAGAACAUGGUGUGCAAAACCUGUAUUGAAGUGGAUAGCCUAUCCUUACAUUGGUAUAAGAACCCCGUUAUGGCCACCCAGGUAAUGGGGCAGUCUUCCGGAGGAGGUGGUCUGUUCACCGGCAGUGGCACCAUGGGCAUGGCCUUGCCUAACGACAUGUAUGACUUGCCUGAUCUCUCCAGAGCUGAACUGGCUGCGCCUCAGCUCAUCAUGUUGGCAAAUGUGGCCUUAACUGGGGAAGUAAACGGCGGCUGCUGUGAUUACCUGGUUGGCGAAGAAAGACAGAUGGCAGAAUUGAUGCCUGUAGGGGAUAACAACUUUUCAGAUAGUGAUGGAGAAGGACUUGAGGAGUCUCCUGAGGUAAAAGGCGAGCCCAGUGGGCUGGAAAACAUGGAACUGGAGAGUUUGGAACUCAGUGUUGUCCAACCACGGCCCGUGUUUGAGGUGUCAGCUGCCUCAGAACCGUACAGCUCAAAUAAAGAUCUUCCUCGGGAAACACCUGUAGCAGAGGACAAAUGCAAGAACUUGAAGACCAAGCCCUUUCGCUGUAAACCAUGCCAGUAUGAAGCAGAAUCUGAAGAACAGUUUGUGCAUCACAUCCGAGUUCAUAGUGCCAAGAAAUUUUUUGUGGAGGAAAGUGCAGAGAAGCAAGCCAAAGCCAGGGAAUGCGGCUCUUCCACUGGGGAAGAGGGAGAUUUCUCCAAGGGCCCCAUUCGCUGUGACCGCUGUGGCUACAAUACCAAUCGCUAUGAUCACUAUACUGCUCACCUGAAACACCACACCCGAGCCGGGGACAAUGAGCGAGUCUACAAGUGCAUCAUUUGCACGUACACCACAGUAAGCGAAUAUCACUGGAGGAAACACUUGAGAAACCAUUUUCCAAGGAAAGUAUACACAUGUGGAAAAUGUAACUAUUUUUCAGACAGAAAAAACAAUUAUGUUCAGCAUGUUCGAACUCAUACAGGAGAACGUCCAUAUAAAUGUGAACUUUGUCCUUACUCAAGUUCUCAGAAGACUCAUUUAACCAGACAUAUGCGUACUCAUUCAGGUGAGAAGCCAUUUAAAUGUGACCAGUGCAGUUAUGUGGCCUCUAAUCAACAUGAAGUAACCCGUCACGCAAGACAGGUUCACAAUGGGCCUAAACCUCUUAACUGCCCACACUGUGACUACAAAACCGCAGAUAGAAGUAACUUCAAAAAACACGUGGAGCUACAUGUUAAUCCACGGCAGUUCAACUGCCCUGUAUGUGACUAUGCAGCUUCCAAGAAGUGUAAUCUGCAGUAUCAUUUCAAAUCUAAGCAUCCUACUUGUCCUAAUAAGACCAUGGAUGUCUCAAAAGUGAAACUAAAGAAAACCAAAAAGCGAGAGGCUGACUUGCCUGAUAACAAAAUCACCAAUGAGAAAACAGAAACAGAGCAGACAAAAAUGAAGGGGGAUGUGACUGGGAAGAAAAAUGAGAGGUCUGUAAAAGUGGAGAAAAAAGAUAAUGUUUCAAAAGAGAAAAAGCCUUGUAGUAAUGCCUCAAGCCAGGUGACUACCAGAACUCGCAAAUCGGCAAUGGAAGCUAAAGAAAUGGACGUGCACCCAGGAAAUAAUUCAGAAAAAAGCUGUAAAAGCAAGAAAAGCAAAAGGAAGACAGAAGCUGAAACCCGUUCCUUACAAGAACCUGUUAAUGAUGAGGAACCUGUGACAAAAAAGAAAAAGAAGGCAGAAAGCAAAUCCAGAAAUAGUCAGGAAGUGCCAAAGUGUGACAGCAAAGUAGAGGAGAAUAAAAAACAAAGUAUUUGCAUGAAAAACAGUGCAAAGAAGAAAACUCUGAGAAGUAAAUCAUGUAAAAAAAGCAGCAAGCCUGCUCAGAGGAGGCCCACUCAGAUAGAGCCUCCUACUCCCACGGAGUCUGCUGAGGGGGGACCUGUUCAGACGGAGCCUCCUCCUGCUACCCCCCCAUCUCCUCCUCCUCCUCCUCCUCUUACCCCCGUGGGGUAUGCUGAGGUCGAGGUUGUUCAGACGGAGCCGCCUCCUCCUCCUCCUUCUCCUCUUCCCUCCGUGGGACAUGCUGAGGUUGAGGUUGUUCAGACGGAGCCGCCUCCUCCUCCUCCUCCUCCUCCCCCCCCAUCUCCUCCUCCUCCUCUUCCACCUCUUACCCCCGUGGGGCAUGCUGAGGUCGAGGUUGUUCAGAAGGGGCCUGUUCAUGCGGAGCCUCCUCCUCCCAUGGAGCUGAUCCCCAAAAGGUCUCCUCAAAAAGAUAAUGGCAAGGAAAAGUCCAACAUGCAGAGUGAAAUGGCACAGAAGGAGCAAGUCCUCAUUGAAGUUGGCUUAGUGCCUGUUAAAGACAGGCAGCUUCUAAAGGAAAGUGCCGGUGCACAGGAUCUCUUACCACCAUCACCACCUCUGCCAAAGGAAAACUUAAAAGAGGAAGAGUCAGAAGACCAAAAAGUAGUCCCUGCAGGCGAAGGACAUAAAGAAGCUCCUCUUCAAAAAGUGGAAGCAGAAGAGGCAGAUAAGAGUCUAGCUGGUCUUGCUGCUGUUACCAAGGCAUCUGCCAAUAUUUCAUCCUCUGAACAAAACUUGAAUAUGCCAGAGGGUGAAACUUUAGAUGGUAAACAUCAGGCUGACGCUAUGCUUUGUGAAAUGAAGAUGGACACUGAUGAGAAGAAAACAGAGAAUCCCUCCGGCAGAGACUCGGCAGUUGAAGAACCAGCUUCACCACCACUUCUUCCUCUACCGCUAGAAAAAUGUGAAGCAGUGUCCACAGCUACUGUGGCAUCACCUCCUGUCACCGUGGCAGUAAAUGAGUCUCAGGAAAUGGAUGAAGACGAAGGCAUCCACAGUCAUGAUGGAAGUGACCUAAGUGACAACAUGUCAGAGGAUAGUGAUGAUUCUGGAUUGAAUGGGGCUCGGCCAGUUCCACAAGAGGCUAGUAGAAAAAAUGGAAAGGAAGCCUUGGCAGUCAAAGUGGCCGAGGGAGAUUUUGUUUGUAUCUUCUGUGAUCGUUCUUUUAGAAAGGAAAAAGAUUACAGCAAACACCUCAAUCGCCAUUUGGUUAAUGUAUACUUCCUUGAAGAGGCAGCUCAAGGGCAGGAGUAAAUAAACUUUGGGCAAGGCUUCAGUUCUUAGUUUGUAAGGUCUGUGACAUUUUGUAUUGAUUUGUAGUAAUAGACAACCUUUU